AUGUCUUCUACAGCAGCUAUUUCGACUGUUCCAACCGUUGACGCAGGGCCCACACAUAAUGGAAAGGCCCCUGUGGCUAUCGAUGUUACUCCAAAACCAGCAACAAUUGUAGAUGUAGAACAGUCUCCCGCAACAAAGCUAGUGGAGCCAAGAUCCGAAUUUGAGCUGGAGGAACACCCAAUUGAUAUCCCACCAAAGAUCAAAGUUGCAGUCAUCGGGGCGGGUCUCGCUGGAAUUACAGCGGGAAUUCUUCUCCCUGUCAAAGUUCCGGGCAUCGACUUGACCAUCUUUGACAAGAACGCAGAUGUGGGCGGAACAUGGUUUGAGAAUAUCUAUCCUGGAGUACGAUGCGAUAUUCCCGCCAAUGUGUACCAAUCUACGUUCGCGCCGAAUACACAGUGGUCCGAGGAGUAUGCGCAAGGAGCUGAGAUCAGGGACUACUGGCAAGGUCUUGCUCGGAAGUAUAAUGUUUACCAAUAUCUCAAGCUAAAGCGCCGGAUUAUUGGUGCUACAUGGUCGGAAACCGAAGGAAACUGGACAGUGGAGGUUGAGAAUCUAGAGACGGGUGACAAGUCCAAGGAGAUUUUUGACGUAGUUAUAAUGGCCAUCGGACGCUUUAAUGCGUGGAGAUUACCUGAUUACUCAGGAAUCAAAGAUUACAAAGGCCAUCUACGGCAUGCAUCAGCAUGGGACCCUACUUUCGACCCAGCCGGAAAGACGGUAGCAGUGAUAGGAAACGGCGCAUCUGGGAUCCAGCUCGUUCCCAAUCUCCAAAAAGUCGUAAAACACCUCGACCACUACGCUCGCAGCAAAACAUGGAUCGCGGGAUCGUUUGGAGGAGAAGGAGCUGGCCGAAGACUGGAGCCAAAUUACUACGCUGCCGAACUCCUCAAGACCUUCGAGGACCCCGAAGUCUACCGCAAAUUUCGAAAAGAGCUAGAGUCAAAAUUCUACAGCCGUUUCGGCACAAUUUUCAAAGACUCAAAGGAGAACAAGGGACUGAGGGAAGAAUUCAUCACACUAAUGUCCCAACGUCUAAGUAAAAAGCCCGAGCUCCUCGAACAUAUUAUCCCUGAUUUCUCACCCAACUGUCGCCGUCUCACCCCCGGUCCUGGCUACCUGGAGGCCUUGACCGAAGACAACGUAUCCUUCAUCCGCGACCCCAUCUCCCACUUUACAGCCGAGGGCAUCGUCACAUCCGACGGAACAGAACGUAAAGUCGACGCAGUGAUUUGUGCAACAGGCGCGAACAUUGACAUGAUACCCCCCUUCCCAAUCAUCGCCAACGGCAAAGACCUCCGCGAUGCAUGGCGGCCAGAUCCUAUCACCUACCUUGGAGUCGCUGCUCCUGGUUUCCCCAAUUUCCUCUUCAUCCAAGGCCCAAAUGCAGCGGGACAUAGCGGUACAGUUCCAAACCAGGUCGAGACACAAGUCACGUACCUCGCAAAACUGCUACGGAAAGUCUCAACCCAAAGUAUCAAAUCGUUCGCGCCAUCACAAGCAGCAACCGAUGAUUUCGUCGCUUACAGCGAUAGAUUCUUUGAGAAGACUGUAUUCAGCGGAAACUGCAGCUCUUGGGCGAAUGGUGGGAUACCGGGUGCGAGGAUUCAUGGACAUUGGCCUGGGAGUGCGAGUCAUUUGAAUAUUGUAAGGCUGAAUCCGAGGUGGGAGGAUUGGGAGUGGACGACGAGAGCGAGGAGUGGGAAUCGGUUUGCGUGGUUCGGGAAUGGUUGGACGGCGAAAGAAGAGAGUGGGGAGGGGGACUUGACGUCGUAUUUGAAGGUUCCGGCGAGUAUUGAUCUUAGGAGCUAUCAUGAGGAAUGGUUUGAGGGGUUGUAG